AUGCCCCAAACGGUGUGUGGAGAAAAUGGGAAAAAUUUGCGUGGGAAUAAAAGAUGGGAGGAGGAGGAGGAGGAGGAAGUUGGUUUUGGUAUGAUACCCGCGAGCGAUGCCGCGAGUGAAUACAUAUUAAAAGAUGAUCUCGUCGAUAACCUUAACAUCAAAGAUGAAAUUGCGAAGGAUUUGGGGCUCAAAGACGAGAUAACGUCAGCUCUUGAUCAACACGAAGACGACGCGAAAUCCGGUUUGGAAAAUAAUUCCAACGGUUCCAACGGUGAUUUUUUGAACGGGGAAACGGGAGAUUUCGACGUCGGAGUAGGAGGAGGAGGAGGAGUAGGGGUAGGAGAAGGAGAAGUAGGGAUUUCCGAAGAAACCGAUUUGAUACGUAAAUUUUCCGAUGAGGAUGCGAGCGGAAGUCAAGUUCCAACCGUUUCUCUCGAAGAAGCUUUGCAAUUAGUCGGUUUGGAUGAUUUAGAAAAAUUUAAGCAACAGUUGAAAGGUUUGGGUGAUGAUCCAGGGGGAUCAUCAGAAAUUGAUGAAGAAGAGGAAGAAGAUUUAUUAUUUAACGAAAUGAUACAAACAGCGCAAUUUCACACGCCGCAAUCCCCGCAUUCUCGUUCCGGAUUUCCGGAAAACGAUGACGGAAAAGUUUGA